UGGCAUUGUAUUAAAACAAUAUAUGCAUGUAACGAUAGCUAACGUUUGUGGCUUCAUAAGUUAAAAACAUUAAAAAGCAAAACACAUCUGAUGCACAUUCUUUGUUCUUCAUUUUCUGGAAGUCGAGUUUAAAACAUUGCUGUAUCUCGGUGUAGUUAACAUUAAAAUAUGGUACACGAAAAAGUCUUACACGACACAAUGUCAGUUAUGCUUUCUUCCUAAAUUGAAUACAGCAGUCUGGCAGAAGCUAGAUAUUUUACUUUAUAACUUUUUUAACAUGGAUAUUUUUCAUAAACAAAGGCAUCGCUUCGCUUUAUUAGGGCUUUAUAACUCCCCAGAGCCGUGUGGAGUACGUUUUACUAUGGAUGAUUGCACUUUCUUGAGCUUUGUUGGACCCGUUCACUACCAUUAAAAAGCUUGCGUCAGAAUAUUUAUUAAUAUAACUCUGAUCUGAAAGAAGAAAGUCAUAUACACUUAGGAUUGCUUGAGGGUGAGUAAAGCUUAGGGCAAUUUUAAUUUUAGAGUGAACUAAUCCUUUAAAUAUCCAUGCCAAAACAAUGUGGAGAGCAAAACAUCUAUCAACACAUUAAAAUAUACCAAGCAAAAAGCUUACCAGUACGACUUACCAGUAGGUGGAGUGCUCAACAUGUCAAAUACGACUGAGGAAUAGCAGGGUUUUGUUUGAAUAGAAAAACGUUGUUGUUUUACAUAAUAUGAUCAGCACAAAAAGGCAACAGUUAUUAAUUGCAGCAUUACCAAAUGUCUUUCUAUAAAAAGAAAAUGUGUAUUUUGGGUGGAAUUUCUUAGCAAAAUAAAACAAAAUGCAAUAGCAUCUGAUAACAGAAGCACAUGUAUGCAGCUAAACAUUAUGACCAUUUACAACAUUUAAAGCUCUAUAACAACAUUGUUUUUAACAAUGAGAUUUAAAUAUCUAUGUGUCAAAACAAUUAGGAGAGCAAAACAUGUAUAACAUUUUUUUUUUUUAAUUUACAUGGACAACAAAGCAGGCAACAAAAAAGUGUCUUACCAGUAGGUGGGGCUCUCAACAUGUUUUUGUUUAACUAGAUGACUGCUGUAGGGACGAAUAGCAUGGUUUUGCUUGCAUAGACAUACAUUGCUUUUUCUAUUUGAAAUGCACAAAAAAGGUUGAUUUUACUUUGAGCUCUAUCUUAACAUGUUUAAGCAAUGUUGUUUUCUUAAUAUUUGUCAUCUUUCUGAAAGUGAUGCACACAAGUUCAUGAUUACUAGAUAAUGAGACCCUAAAAUAUAAAAUAAUUUUAACAGAAUGCAUGCAUGCAAUACAUGAUUUUAUGACUGCUUUUUUUUUUUUUUGGAAAAUGUGUUUACUGCAGGACAUGCUAGUUAGUUAGUUUGGGAAAGUUGUUGACAUGGGCCACAUUAAACAUUUAGAUGCUACAUGAGCAUGGUGAAACAGUAAGAAAGAGAGACUGAGAGAGCAAGCGUGUUCACUGCUGAUCCGGGAGCUCAGAUAAAGCCGACAGUGUGUGCGUGUGUCCAAUCUGAAACAGGUUUUCCCACAAUAGGAACUCUCCACCCCAUCCUGGUUGGACUUUAAAAGCCCAGCCUCUCCACAGAGAGACACCCGUUGCUCUCAGGUCUGCUCACCUGUUCUCAUCUGAAACAUCUGCUAUUGCAUUUCAGUUUCUCUCGUUACUAUCCAACUAUGAGUCUGAGAAACAAACGCAUCAGUUCCAGCAGCUCCAUGAGGAGCAGCGGGAAGAUGGGAGGUUUUGGCUACAGCAGUCUCAGUGGGGUCUCCCUGGGCGCAUCUGCUCCAAGCUUCAGCACCAGCUCGGCCUAUUUGGGGCCUCCUAUCACCAGCGUCUCCGUCAACAAGAGCCUGCUGGCGCCCCUCAACCUGGAGAUCGACCCCAACAUCCAGAUGGUGCGCACUAAGGAGAAGGAGCAGAUCAAGUCGCUGAACAACCGCUUUGCCACCUUCAUUGAUAAGGUGCGCUUCUUGGAGCAGCAGAACAAGAUGCUGGAGACCAAGUGGGAGCUGCUGCAUAACCAGACCCCAGGCCGGUCCAACGUCGAGCCCAUGUUUGAGGCUUACAUGGCCAACCUGCGCAGACAGAUGGACGUGGUCAACAAUGACAGAACCAAGCUAGACGGAGAGCUGAGGAACAUGCAGGGUCUGGUGGAGGACUUCAAACACAAAUAUGAAGAUGAGAUCAACAAAAGGAACAACCUGGAGAAUGACUUUGUGAUUCUGAAAAAGGAUGUAGACUCUGCGUAUCUGGUGAAAGCUGAUUUGGAAGAUAAAGUUGGUGCCCUGACUGAUGAGAUCAACUUCCUGAGGACCAUCUAUGAUGAGGAACUGCGUGAGCUGCAGGCCAGCAUUAAAGACACGUCCGUCAUCGUGCAGAUGGACAACUCGCGAAACCUCAACAUGGAUCAUAUUGUGGCCGAAGUCAAGGCUCAAUACGAGGAGAUCGCAGCCAAGAGCCGUGAAGAGGCUGAAUCCUGGUACAAAUCCAAGUUUGAUCAGAUGUCCUCUCAGGCCAGUCAGUACAACGAUGAACUGCGAAACACUAAAGGAGAGAUUGCAGAUAUCAACCGCAUGAUCAGCCGUCUGCAGAGCGAGAUCGAGGUUAUUAAAUCGCAGCGUGCGAACCUGGAGAACCAGAUAGCGGAGGCCGAGGAUCGUGGCGAGAUGACUGUGAAGGAUGCCAAAGGUCGUAUUAAGGACUUGGAGGAGGCGCUACAGAGAGCAAAGCAGGACAUGGCCCGCCAGCUCCGCGAGUACCAGGAGCUCAUGAAUGUCAAGUUGGCGCUGGACAUCGAGAUUGCCACCUACAGGAAGCUUCUGGAAGGCGAAGAGGACAGAAUUGGGCAGCAGCCCAUUGUGAACAUCCAGGCUGUUCCCAACUACAGUUCCAAAGGGAUGAAUGGUGUACAGCAGAACAGCUCUCCAUCACCUAAAAUCCUGAUCAAGACUACUGAAACCAGAAACAGCACCAGAUUUAGCACUCACUGAAGUGUUAACCAUAAUCAAAAAUGCUAUUCUAUACCUAUGACAGUUAACCUUUAAUAUAGAAGUAGUUUUCUUUUGUCUUUCUGUGAAUCAAUGGGAGGCUUCUGCAAUGAUUUAUUCUGAAAUAAAGAUCUUGUGCCCGAUUCAAAUACUAUAUAUAAACAUAUAUUCAAUAUAAAUAUAAAAAAAUUAAAUGACUAUAUAAUAAGAAAUUCUGGAAUUACUUAAUAAAGUUUUAUUAUUCAGUGAGAUAAAACCUGUAAAUGUGGUCCAUUUCUCUUGAACAAAUAAAUCAUAAUCAUGUGCAGUGAGAACAAAGCCUUAAAAGACCUAAAAUAAAAUCAACCAACAAACCAUACAGAAAAA